UUCCUCUAAUAAAGAAACCUCCAUGAGCGAUGAAAUCGCAUCCAUGUCCUCAGAUAACACAAGCCUACAAAAAAACACAAAUAAACCAAAAAAAAGAGCAAAUAACCCACGAAAAACCCAGAUUAAACAUAUACAAAACCAAGCACCUGUCAGAGAUUACCUUAAUGAACUCGACGAUAGAAGUAAUGAAUGCAAAGUGGUCGUCGACCAACAAUCAUUUUUAUUAUCUGAAAAUGCAGAAUUUAUUAAAUUUUUGCAAGAACUUGAUCUUCGUUACCAUCUCCCCUGUCACCAAACACUCUCAACUUGG